AUUUGCAUGCGUUUUGAUGAUUGAGAUCAAAAUAUUUCCCAAAAUUAGUGUUAUUUUUUUUCAUGUACUUGAAAAGAAACUAUAGCUGUUUUUUACCACGUAAUUCAUAACAAGUACAUUAAGUAGCGUAUCAUUGUUAUUUGUGAACACAGGCCUGUAUGAUCUCGUAGACUAUUUUGAAGAAAGUCUAUGCAUGUAGGCGCUUGUUUUGUUUACAUCACAGACCCUAGCAACAUAAAUUUUGAGCAGUCAUGCCUUGCUUUCCACGAAAGCAACCAAGAGUUGUACAGCCAGAAGAAACAGCACAGUACAAAAACGUUAACAGGUAUGGUGAGACUAAUAUACGCCAUGUUCAGGCACCCCUAAGACAAGAACAGUGGAAAAAAGGUAAUAGAGACCCAAAUGCUGGUCGCAGGCUCCCUGACAUGCCACAGGAAGUUGUUGUAGAAAAUACACCAAGACAGCGGCCGCCAUCAGGACGACCGCUGAGACAGUUUGAGACUGAAUCGCUUGCAUCAUCAUCAUCAAGACAGCCACAGUCGCAGAGACGAUAUAAGCAACCUGUAACUGCAGAUUUUUUCGUCAGUGUGCCCAUAUUUAAUGAAACCUUAAACCACAGUUACAGAAAAAAAAAUGAGUAUGUGUAUGUUGAUCGACCAGAUGAUGACGCUUCUCUCUUUCACCAGAGUUUAUCUCGGGGAUCCAGUCUCCGGGAUCUGCAGCAGGACAGUUUACAGCGACAGGAUAGUUUACAGCGACAGAACUCUGGACAAUAUUACAGAGAAAAGAGGGAAAGGAAACGACCUUCUUCAUUAAACAGACAUGUUCAGCGUGACCACCGACGAGAACGCAGACAAAAGCUUGCCUCUGGCAGUGAGGCUUCAUUCAAUACUUACUCCUCCCAUGGAACCUAUGGUUAUGAGUCCGAAACCUUCGAGGAAGCGAGACAGCUACGCAAGGCAAGGUCAGGUGCUGGAAUAAACGUUGAUUCAGAUGAUGAAGAUUGCCGCUAAAGCCAAUAUUUUACUUUGUUUCUCAGGAAAAAUGGAAUGUAAAAAUAAAGUACGGUAGUGGGUCCAUAAUGACAAUGGAAAAUUUACAUAUAAAAGUACAUUAACAUACAGAAAUUGUUAUCAUGGCCUCAUUAUCCUGAAUAAUCUCUCCAGCACAGAACUAUUGUACAUGUAUGUAGUUUUUGAGUAAACAGGUAUGGGGAGAUGCCUGAAAUUAAAACCAACCCAUCCGUAAGUUUAAUGAGUUUCUUACUUGUCCUCUCAUAAGAAAGUUACAUGAAAUUAACCUUUCUUGCUUGAUGUAUAUGCCUCAAAAUAAAAUAAUUAAAAAUACACAUGUGCUAUCAUGAUAGAAGUCCUGAGAAAUUAUUUAUACAAAUUUGCUAUCUAACAGUCCUUAAAAUCAAAACUUUAUAGAUAGUUCACAAUUUUUGCAUUAUUUUUCUCUAAAAAAACUGGCAACCAUUUUGUGGGUCAAAAUUUUUUAUAUCUUAAGGGAUAUUUAACAAAAUCAGAAAAAAAACUGUGAGGUAUAAGGACACUUGUCGUAAUCCGUUAUGCAUGUAAAAAAUUCUUAUGUAGCAACAAUAAAAGAAAAGAUUUUUAUCUGUGGCAGAUUUUGUGUUCAGAAUGAACCCCAAAAUAGCAACUAUGGGAGAUAAUUUGUGCUAUGUGAAACCCACAAUUAGUCUUAGGCCAGUUUCAUAGCAUUUGUUGUAUAAUACAGUUAUCAUAAAUUAGUGUUGUUGUAUCGUUAUUUAUGUAUUAGUUUGUAUGCAUUUCUAGUAAUUGUUGUUAUAAAUUAUAUUAUGUAUCUAUUUUAGAGUUUUAAAAUUGAGCCGUGCCAUGAGAAAACCAACAUAGUGGCUUUGCGACCAGCAUGGAUCAAGACCAGCCUGCGCAUCCGCGCAGUCUGGUCAAGAUCCAUACUGUUCGCUUUCAGAGCCUAUAGCAAUUAGAGAAACUGUUAGUGAACAGCAUGGAUCCUGAGCAGACUGCGCAGAAGCGCAGGCUGGUCUGGAUCCGUGCUGGUCGCCAACCCACUACGUUGGUUUUCUCAUGGCACGGCUCAAAUGAUGUGUCAAUGUUAUUGUUUUGUUGACAUGAUAAAUGUAAUAAAUUUAAAAAUAGAAAGGAUUUGUAACUAUUGUUAUAGUGAAAUUCUAAAUACCUAUGAACAUUUGAAAUAUACCUACCACAUAGAAUAUUUUAUGUAUGUAUGGAGUUAUCUCCCUCUAACAUUUUAAGAUAUUAUAUUGAGAUAUUUUGCUAAAAUGCUGUGUUUAUUCAUCGCCAUUAUAUAAUAGGAGGGUAAUAUAUAUAUAUAUUAUUAGGGUAAUAUUUAUAUUAGGAUGCUCCGAAUGCUCUUUUUGUUUUGUCAUUGUCUUGCUUUUAAAAUAUUGAUGUAAAAAAGGUUAAUUUUAAUUCGAUUCUUAUAAGGCCUAAAAAAAAAUUCUUUGUUUCCGGUAACAUGCUAAAAAAAAUUAGGGUAGUUAGGUCGGAAAUUUUUUUUUUUUUGAAUUUUUUUUUAUUAAGGGAGACUUUUCAGAAAAUAUUUUUGUGUCAAAAAAUGAAUACAAACCAGGGGGUUAUGCCUUUAGAGCAUUAGUAAGUUGAUUUUUAGCUCGACUUAUUCUACUCACCCCGGCGUCGGCGUCACACCUUGGCUAAGUUUUUGCAUGCAAGUACAUACAGCUAUCAUUUAAAGGCAUAUAGCUUUGAAACUUAUUUAUUCUUUUUCUAGAUCAAUUACCAACCUCACUGGGUCAAGUUCCAUAACUCUAACAUGUAUUUUGAGCAAAUUAUGCCCCCUUUUGGACAUAGAAAAUUCUGGUUAAAGUUUUACAUGCAAGUUACUAUCUCCAAAACUAAUGCAGAUAUUGAAUUGAAACUUCACAUGUGUCUUCGGGGUUAUAAAACUAGUUGAUAGCACCAAGUCCCAUAACUCUGACCUUCAUUUUGGCCAAAUUAUGCCCCCUUUUGGACUUAGAAUAUUUUGGUUAAAGUUUUGCGUGCAAGUACAUACAGCUAUUACUAAAAGGCAUAUAGAAUUGAAACUUAUUUUUUCUUUUUCUAGAUCAAUUACCUACCUCACUGGGUCGAGUCCCAUAACUCUGACAUGUAUUUUGGCCAAAUUAUGCCCCCUUUUGGACUUAGAAAAUUCUGGUUAAAGUUUUGCGUGCAAGUACAUACAGCUAUUACUAAAAGGCAUAUAGAUUUGAAACUUAUUUUUUUUCUUUUUCUAGAUCAAUUACCUACCUCACUGGGUGAAGUCCCAUAACUCUGACAUGUAUUUUGGGCAAAUUAUGCCCCCUUUUGGACUUAGAAAAUCCUGGUUAAAGUUUUACAUGCAAAUAACUAACUCCAAAACUACUACAGAUAUUAAAUUGAAACUUCACAUGUGUCUUACGGGUUAUAAAACUAGUUGAAAGCACCAAGUUCCAUAACUCUGACAUGUAUUUUGGGCAAAUUAUGCCCCCUUUUGGACUUAGAAAAUCCUGGUUAAAGUUUUGCAUGCAAGUACAUACAGCUAUUAACAAAAGGCAUAUAGCUUUGAAACUUAUUUAUUCUUUUUCUAGGUCAAUUACCAACCUCACUGGGUCAAGUUCCAUAACUCUAACAUGUAUUUUGAGCAAAUUAUGCCCCCUUUUGGACUUAGAAAAUUCUGGUUAAAGUUUUACAUGCAAGUUACUAUCCCCAAAACUAAUGCAGAUAUUGAAUUGAAACUUAACAUGUUUCUUCGGGGUUAUAGAACUAGUUGAUAGCAUCAAGUCCCAUAACUCUGAUAUGUAUUUUGGUCAAAUUAUGUCCCCUUUCGAACUUAAAACUCUUUUGAUAUUUAACAUUUUGGGUAAUAAUUUCCUGCUUCUGUGACAAUAUUUCGAAUAGUCGAGCUUGGCUGUCUUACAGACAGCUCUUGUUAACAUCACUGAGCAUGUUUAAAGCAUAAAAAGUGCAGUUUUGCAAUUUUUUGUUAAAAGUUGAAAAAAAAUUUCUCCUUUACAUUUAGGGUCGUGCCAAAAAUUUAGGGUAGAUCGGGAUACUGGAAACAAACAAUUUUUUUUUUACGCCUAAGGCUUUCAGUAGUAGUUAUAGAUUCUCUUGUAUGUCAAAAUCGUGUAAGGACCAUGUUCUAAAAACAUUAUGUUACAUAUUGAAAAUUUAAGAUAUGGUGUUCAUACAUUUUAGUCUUAUAUAUUAAACAACAUUUAUUUUAUAUUUCUUGUCUUUAAAUCAUCAAAAUCUAAUUUAACUUAUUUUGUAUUCACAUACCAGUCAAAAAUAACAAAUUACCAGUUGUACUACACCAUGAUAUUUCAUUAACUUGCUGACAAUUUUGUCAUUAUAAGAUAUUUUCAGCACAUUUUGCAACUGAUCAGAUUUAAAUAAAUUCUUGUACCAGUAUUGCAGUUGGUGAUUGCUAUCAAUUUUGGAUGCAUCUGUUAAUUACAGUGUAUAUAUUUGUGGGUGAAAAAGUUCACAAAUAACCAAAUCAAGCAUUUCACAAGCAGAAAUAUUCGCUAAUUGCCGAAAAGUGAAGUACUUAAGCUAAAUUUGUUUAUCUUUACAUGACUACAAUGGCAGGUCUUGGAGAGCGUGGAAAUUGACACUGGUUGAUUUUUUUUUUUGCGAAUUUCUGGUAUUUGUGAAACUUGCAAACAUUUCCACGUUGCGAACUUUUCCACUCACACAGUACAAAUAAUUUAGUAUCACUCUUCUAUUCUUCUAUGUAAUGUUCUAUGUGGUUGUAAGACAACUUGGGUAUGACAAGAAUGACCAUCAAAACAACUAUAAGAGUCAGAAUGCUUGGUUUUGCUGUGUCUGUAAUCCAGGCAGGUUUAAAAGUUAAGAUUCCAUACUUUGUAAUUUCUAUUACAUUAUUGAGAUGUGAAAUGAAAAUUUUUAGUCCUGUACGGCCCCAUACAAUUUAUACUCUGUUGACGGGCUGUAAAACCCAAAUCAGAUAAAAUAAUCUCUGUGGUCAGAAAUAUAUUUACUAUUGUGUGUUCUUUCUAUGUUUCUUCCAUGUAUUGUUAAAAUUAUAUUCUUUGUACAAUUUCUUUUUUGUAAAAAAUAUGUUUGUCUUGUUAAUUACUCGGUUUUAGAAAAUUAUACAAACUUGUAGGUGCUCUAACCACAAACUGUAUUCAGCUUGUAAUGAUGCUGUUGAUUAUGUAUCAUCACCUCAGCACAGAAAGUGGGUAAGGGCAUCUUAACCUUUAGCCUGCUGGCAGCGAGUGAUUCUGCCUUAGCGACCACUGCAGACCAAGAUCAGCCUGCACAUCCAAGCAGGCUGAUCAUGGCCUGCACUGUUCGCUGUUCAGUCAGUAAAUUUUCAUUAAACAGCCCCUUGAAUAAUAGGUGGCACUGCACAGAUUGAAUGAUGGACCAGUCCAUUUUAGAAAUGUAGCAGGGUAAAGGUUAAAUUUCAGUGUUUAUCCACUUUUUGUGCUGUGGUGAAAAGUUUUGUAGAAAAAUGCUUUAUCUCAGUGCAGUAAAAUAUCAAGUAGACUUUCUACUUUCACUUCAGAAUCUAAUAAUUAUGUUUUUUUCUUGUUCUUGUUUUUCUCUUUUCUUUUUUAUUUUUUCUGUACAUUUAUAUUAAAAUGUUAUUCUUUAUUUUAAGCAAAAACCAAAGAAAUUGAUUUAAGGUAGCUCUGCAUCAUUGAUUUAAGGUAAUUAACACAGCAACACAGCAUGUCAAAAGUACAUAAAUGCUAUGGAAUCAUUUAGUGAUAAAAGUGCAUACAUAAGGUUUAUAAUAUACGUAUUUUAUCAACUUUCUUGUUGAAAAAUUUAGAAAACUUCAUGUAUUCUUAAGGCGUUGUUCACACACACACACUGUUCAGUUUUCUCAAGAAAACAAAAUGCAUUUUAUUUGUUCAUUUAACAGACAAUUUAUAUAAAAGACAUUUAAAUAGUUUCUACAUAACUAAGUAUUUGUAAAUAUUUGAACAUGUGAAGAUUGUUUCCAUACAAACAGCCAGUGUAAAACCUGAAGGUCAAAAUUUCAAUGUCAGAUUGAUUUCACAGAAUAAUAUCGAGGCAGGUUUUCUCAAUAUUCAUCAUCCAAGUGUGUGGGAAUACCUUAAAAGUCAUUCUUUGGUUGCCAUCAAUCAAUAGUUAUUUCUUGUUAAACUGUUCUUGAAUAUCUUUUGUUGAAUCUCAUUUCUUUCUAAUUUUUGUUAUGAUAGUGUAAACUGUUUUUUUUUUUUUUGUAAAGUAUUUUACCAUUUAGGAAAGACAUUUUAUUUGGAUUUUAAUUAUUUCAAUCUUUACCAAAAACUAGCUUAGGUAUCUAGUCAUAGAAAGUCAUGAAUAAAGCUUUUAAUAACUUUA